GCGGUGCUGGCGUGGCACUGAGUCACUGCCGAGGCUCUUGCCAGAUACCGGACGAAGUCUUCUACCUGUUUGAAUUAAACGUAUCUUUUCUUUUUUUACUCGACCCGGUCAGAAUUCGCUAUCUUUCGAGUGCGGGCAUCUGUCGUAAUGUUUUCGCAGCAAUCCCAAUCGCCAAUCAAUCACAGUGCACUAUUUAGAGCCCCCAGAACCUCAUGCUGCCUGAAUUGAAUUCUAAAGGUUUCAAAAUCACGCUCGAAAUAUAUUUUUGGAGCCGCGACAAGGUUGCCAACUCAUUGGCCUGACUUCGAAACGAGACGAAGUACCCCAAACUCCCCAGAUAUGUCCAGGUCGCCCCAGUCUUUACGAUCUCCAAGGCUGUUAUCGCCGCAACGCUCACCUGGGCACAGUCUCACAUCCCCACCUCAGCUUCCCGCAAGCCAUGCCUACUCAUCAUCAUCCACAAGCUCCAACAUUUCGUCUGCACGGUCCCAAAGUGUCGAUUUACUGGAUGAACUCGAGAGGCUGGUAAAGAGCAAGAUGGGAUGGAGCACCAUGAGGGAUGCCUCGGAAGUGGACAAUAGUAUGGCCAUGUCUUGGAGUCAGACCAGAGAUGAUGCCAGUGUCAAGAGUGACAGCUCCGGCGUGACAAGUGAUUCUAGCUUGUCGGGAAAGUACGGACAUGGGGUGACGAAGACCUUCCGGCCAUGUCUUAUUGACUUCAAGGAGGAGCUCAAAAAGAACGAAUUUCCUUUAGGACUCAAGACUGCAAUCGAGGAUGGCUGUCGGUCACUAUACAGAGCCGUGUCUGCUGUAACUCAACGCCGCGGGAGCGAUGCAUCGGGAUUCAUAUCUCCCACGAGCCUCAACUCAGAUCACCAAAGCCUGAUAGGACAUAAUUUCUACUUUGAAGAGCUAGACAAAGCCUACACCAUGCUCAUGCCAGUCGCUCUCGAUAGUAAAACCAAGCACGACCCACUUCCUCGCUCAGAAAGAAAUGACUACGUAGGUGAGAUCGAUAGUCUCCUGAAGAGACUUCCCGUUCAUCCUCGACAGCUUCCCAGCGAUAUGUUGUCACGAAUAGGUUCUUCGCGACCCAGGCUCGGGAAUCUUACAAGCGUUUCGGAAUGGAGCAAACUUGACAUCGUUCGGGUCCCUGCCACGCGAGAAGUCCGUCUUGCCUCGCUCAAAACUUUGAGAUCCGAAAUUGAAAUCAAGCCCAACAUCCUACCCUACAUCAACGCUUCGGCACAUCUCAUCAACGAGGCACUCAAGCAUCUGCUAUCUUCCCCUAAACAAGAUGAGAAUUAUUGGCUAGUUGUGAUCACCUUCUUGUGGAGCUCGUGGCAGCGCGCAACAAUGCUGCACCUUCAUAGCCUACUAGACGGCAACUUGAGAAGAGGAUUCAACCCAACUAGUCAAGCCCGGCUUUUACGCCUACAGGCGGUGAAUCUCUUCAAGGGUGUGGAGAAGAUUGAUCUUGAAGGGGACAAGCCCGACGACAUCUGUAAUUGGGCAUGGUUGGUACUUCGAAACGACUCCGCGCUCGUUCCUCAAGACUUCCGUUACUUUCUUGAGGUAUACCGACAAUCUGCGACUACAUUCGGAAGGUGCAUCGACCAUUCCUCAUGCCAUGGAUCCUCGCCACAUUUUUGUAACAGGGCCGAGAACCCUCCUCGAGGGCAGCAUAUCACAGCUUGCGCUUCACAAACGUGCGCUAGAAUCACAUGGGACCGGGAAUCGUGGCAUGCCGUCGGCAGGACUGCUCACGAGGACGAUACCUCAGCUGAUGUGGAAAUUGAAUGCGUAGACGAAGAGCUUGCAUAUAUUGCGCUAAAUUCAAGGGCUGUAUGCUUGGCGCUCCAAAGCAACAAGCUCUGCUACACGGCUGUUACCUCCAGCACUAUAGCCUUUUCCCACGUCACCGCUCACGGUCGAGAGGGCAGUCCUGACGAUGGAAUUCCGCGUUGUUGGCAUGAGCAGUGUGCAGCAAUCUCAACAGAACUUGGAGGAAAAUCCUACUGGAUCGAUAAUUCCUGCAUUCCUGGAGAGGAGGAGCAUCAGCCCGUAAGGAAGAAAAUCAUCGACGAGAUCAAUGACAUAUUCUCGACCAGUAAGGCGGUAGUGAUCUGCGACAAAGAUCUCAUGGACAUAGACAUCCCCGGGGAUUUAGAUCUGGACAAGCUAGACUCAAAGGCGAUAGACCUACCCGCCCAAAACCCCAACGUAAGGCUUUUGGAGCUGAUUGUGGCAAGAUUUAUUGUCAGUGACUGGAACAUGCGAGCUUGGCCGUUGUUGGAGGGCAUUCGCGGGAAACAGAACCUCCAGUUGUUGUUUGCCAGAAACAAAGUUCUAUCUCUAGCGUCAGUAUUGAAGGUCGUCUGUCGGCAUGCGCGACUUGAUCUAGCAAUCUUAGGUUUGACGCUUCGCCAUCUGCUUCCCUGGAAGAAGCCUAGAGCCUUGGACUAUGCUCAUUUGGCCCCUCGGCACGUACCCGCAAGAGAAGCAACAAAACUUCUUAGUUACCGUUCUGCUCGUCGUUAUGGAGAUCGCAGAAUCAUCCAAACACUUUUGGAGGGCAGAACACCGUCUUCGUUCUUCGGCUCUCCAACUUAUCGUCGAAGCAACGCCUUCUCGUGGUUUCAAAAUGCAAAGACUCUUGUUGAAAUCAACAAAUGGUUGGUUAAAUCAAAUACAGGCAACGGGAUCAAACGUAAUGAACCACUUCUUGUGGUGAACGCUUUACCUGCGGUCAUAUCGACAUCCGAUAGACCAAGAGAUGGGGAGGAAGACUUCAUUAGUUGGGCACCCGAAUUGCCCCAAACCUACUUGUCUUUUGAUGACUCUCAACUACAUCUGCGUAUGGCAUUUAGUGGAAGACAGAAGCGAAGGGAAGAGUCGCCUGAGUUUCAAAACAUUGCUCAUGUGAUGGUGAACUGGAACGCAUUACUGAUCGACGGCGAUGAUAGCGCAGAAUCACUGAGUGGCCAGUCGCAGGAUGUCCUUGAACUUUUCCAGAAGGCUCGAGAGUUGUACAAAAAGUGCGUAAUUCUUUUCCCGAAUGGUUCCUUCGAACUGUCGCAUAUGUGCAAAGUUGGCAUUUGCGGGUAUAACGGACGUCGAGAAGUAAUAGCAGGGCAACUCAAAGAUUCUGAAAGGACCUUUCUGGACGAGAACUUCUGGCAUUGGUUAGGCGUGCGUUCUUGGAACACUCAAAUGCAAUCUCGACCUUGCACGAUGCAGCACGUUAUUUUCUUGCCCGACAAGCAGGAACACGGCCGCUACGAGCCCCUUUCGAUUCCUCCUCGUGUCUCUCGCGCCCUUCGUCGAAACGAUUUCAGGGGCAUCUUUGACGAGGUCCCCGAGCGUAUGCAACCAUUUGACAGCUUCCGAGUACAUUAUGAGCAGAGUCCUUCAAGAUUUGAUAUGGACAUUACCUCUUCGAUUCAAAUCGAAACGUACCAAUCCGUCGUUGUUCAGCAUUUUCUCGAAGAUGACAUGAUCCGGACGGACGUUGGGGCACCGCGCUGGGAAGAGUUUGUUCAGGUGGAAAAAUUGAAUGAUCUUAUAAUUGGCCCAGAUGAAGUCCCCAACUUUAUCCAAGCCCUUAAAAAUCUUCAACAUUCAGCUGAGAAUAGCUCGUUCAGAAACAACAUGGAACUCACGGCCAUCAUAAAAAGGCAAUCUUCACAAACUUGACACCUACCCUCGGACACCAUUUCUAGAAUCUACUGCUGAAAUGGACGACGAAUCCGCUUCAGUCAAAAAUGCCUACCACAAGCUCCUUGCGGUACUCGAAACCCACAAAGGCAAGUAUCAGAAGAAACACGAACGGCUACACAAUGAGCCAGAUGACGCUCUCGAUACUUUGUUGGUUUCUAUGUUACAUUUGAAGCACAAAAGUGAGCAUCGACGCACACAGAUGCAAGAAUGCCUCCGAUACUGGUAUCAGUGGAAAUUAUCUGUCGUUCAAGGUACAUCGCUUCCUUACGAUGAUGUGCACGCU